GCUGCCGUGUGUCUUGACGUCGGUCGGUAUCGGGCGGGAUCCAGAAAAUAUUUACCAAUAAAUGUCCGGUAAAACGUUGAUGUACAACACAUUAGCUUCUCAUUCCUUCUUUAUAAACUCACUGUAUUCAUUCGUGUGCAUAGAGAGUGAAGUAUAAACACAUACAACACGUGUAAAUACGCUAAAAACAAGUGUUAAGACGUGUAUGAGAGGCUGCUUUAGGACCAUUUCUCGCCGAGGAAGGAGGUGUAUCCGUGGCCGUCGAGGGGAGGGAUGUGUCGGUAGUAACAUUUUAGGGCGUAUGAGGAAGUUAUAAAAGACGAAGGCAACAGAAAGCAACAAUAGGGGCUUCAAUUCAGCCGAUCAGGAGGUUUAGCUCUCUCAAGAUGCCUGGAAAGAAAGUCUGCAUCGUCGGGUCUGGAAACUGGGGUUCCUCCAUUGCCAAAAUAAUUGGCCACAAUGUCAAAGCCUCCAACCGGUUUGACCCGAUGGUGAACAUGUGGGUUUACGAAGAGGUGAUAGAAGGGAGGAAGCUGACAGAGAUCAUUAAUACGGAGCACGAAAACGUCAAAUAUCUGCCAGGUCACAAGCUGCCAAGGAAUGUGGUCGCUGUUCCUGACGUCACUGAAGCUGUCAAAGGAGCAAAGAUCCUGGUCUUUGUGAUCCCUCAUCAGUUCAUUGGCAACCUCUGUGACCAGAUAAAGCCUCACGUCACGGAGGGAACCAUCGGGAUAUCACUCAUCAAAGGUAUCGACGAGGGCCCGGAUGGACUAAAGCUCAUCUCAGACAUUAUUCGAGAGAAGCUAGAGAUCGAGGUCAGCGUCCUGAUGGGGGCCAACAUCGCCAACGAGGUGGCAGAUGAGAAGUUCUGUGAAACCACCAUCGGGGCCAAAAAUGAGGCAAACGGCACCAUCUUCAAAGAGCUGCUUCAAACUCCAAACUUCCGCAUCACCGUCGUAGAGGAGAGCGACACCGUGGAGCUGUGCGGAGCUCUUAAGAAUAUCGUGGCUGUAGGUGCUGGAUUCUGCGACGGCCUCGGUUUCGGCGACAACACCAAGGCGGCGGUGAUCCGGCUGGGUCUGAUGGAGAUGGUCGCCUUCGCCAAGUUGUUCUGCAAAGGCAGCGUGAGCUCCACCACCUUCCUGGAGAGCUGCGGCGUGGCCGACCUCAUCACCACCUGCUACGGAGGACGAAACCGGAAAGUCGCAGAGGCCUUUGCCAAAACGUCCAAGUCUAUCACUGAGCUGGAGGCAGAAAUGCUCAACGGCCAGAAGCUUCAGGGUCCACAGACCUCAGCUGAGGUCUACAAGCUCCUUCAGAAAAGGGACAUGGUGAACAAGUUUCCGUUGUUCUCUGCCGUCUAUCAGAUCUGCUUCGAGGGCAAAGAAGUGAAAGAGUUCAUCACCUGUCUGCAGAACCACCCAGAGCACAUGUGACGGGACCAUUCUGCAAACUGCUGCUGCUCCUUCAGUAACAACAUAUAACCACUAGAGGGUGAAAGAGAUUCAUCAGACAGAGACGCACAAACGGAAACAACAAGAGCACUUUGACUUAUUUUUACCGGUGACAUUUCAUCAUGGAUAUUUUUAAUUAGCUAUUUAAAAGUUUGCUCUUAUUUUGUGAAUUGUUCUGUACUGUUCAUUUGGCUCUAAAAAAAUAUCGUGUUUAAUAAGCUUUGUUUUUCAGUGGCACAUGUUAAAAUGCAGACCCUCCUGAGGCAAACCACUUCUACUGCCAAAAGUCAUUUUGUAUGGGGUUUGUCAAGGUUUCUUUUCACUACAUGACAGUUUACAAUUUCAAAAUCAAAACUUAAUGAUGUCUUUUUUUUAUCUUCAUGUGAAGUUGUUUUCUCAAUAAAAUCAAUGAGUAACAAA